UGGUCCCUGCCCCUGCCCUGGGCGAGCGGUCGCGGCUCCCCCGCCGUCGGGCGCCCGCACGGCCAGUGAUUAAUGAAAGGGAAAUCACAUGUAUAAACUGUGGCAAGGAGAACUGGGAGACCCCUAAGAGAGAGCCAUAAUGUCUUUAACCUGCCAGACAAUAUCUACUUGGCUUGGAUUUCUUAAACUGAACUGCAAAGGACUGGCAUGCCUCUUGGUUUUUACAGUAAGCGUAUGUGGCAGUGCCUCUGGGAUGUGUCCUACAGCCUGCAUCUGUGCUAGUGACAUUGUAAGCUGCACCAAUAAGAACCUCUCUAAGGUGCCAGGAACUCUCUACAAAUGCAUAAAAAGACUGGAUCUGAGUUACAACAGAAUUGGAUUCUUGGAACCUGAAUGGGUCCCAAUGCUAUUUGACAAACUGAACUCUUUAAUAAUUAAUCAUAAUAGUAUUAGCAGUAUUGUCACUGGAAGUUUUUCAACAACUCCAAAUUUAAAGUACUUAGACUUGUCAUCCAACAACUUGAAGACACUGAACAGCCCUGUAUUUCAAGAGCUGAGAGUACUGGAAGUCCUUUUGCUUUACAACAAUCAGAUAACACAGAUUGAUUCUUCAGCCUUUGGAGGAUUGUACAAAUUGCAGAAACUGUACUUGAGUUAUAACUUGGUCUCACACUUCCCUUUGGACUUGUAUCUUGGAAAACACAAACUUUCAGAACUUGUGUUACUAGACAUUUCCUAUAAUCGCAUCCAGUCGAUACCCAUUCAACGUUUAAGUUUAGUGCUGGCCAAACAACUUAGUGGCAUCUAUCUUCAUGGCAACCCAUUCUACUGUGAUUGCACACUAUACUCCAUGCUAAUAUUUUGGUAUCAUAGACGCUUCAACUCUGUGAUGGAUUUCAAAAAUGAAUAUGCCUGCAUCUUACGUUCUGACCUAAAAGGCUCCAAUAAACUGCCUUUAUUGCACGAUAACUUUUUGAAUUGCUCUGAAAGCACCAUCAAUGGCUCUUUCCAUGCCUUUGGCUUUAUUCAUGAUGCCCAAGUUGGUGACAGGUUAAUUGUACACUGUGACAGCAGAAUUAGUGAGGCAGGCACACAUUUUGUCUGGGUUAGGCCGGACAAUAGACUACUGGAGCCAGAUAGAGAGAGUGACAAUUUUAAGGUGUUUCACAAUGGGAGUCUGGAGAUAGUGGAUGCUCAGUUGGAAGACUCUGGGUUGUAUUCAUGCAUUGCAAUAAAUAAGAGAAGACUGUUAAAUGAAACCAUAGAGGUCAGAAUAAAUGUAAGCAAUUUCACACUAAACCGAUCCCAUACUCAUGAAGCAUUUAAUACUGCUUUCACCACCCUUGCUGCCUGUGUCGCCAGUAUUAUUUUAGUGUUACUUUAUCUGUAUCUGACCCCUUGCCCUUGUCGGUGUAAGGCAAAAAGGAGAAAAAGGAAACUGAACCAAAGUAGUGCCCAUUCAUCCAUACUAAAUUCUACCCCAUCUCAGGAUUUCCCAGCUGAUGAGAAGAAGUCCAGCAGUGGUAAAAGAGUGGUGUUCCUUGAGCCUGUGAAUGAGCCAAAACAGGGGCAGAAUGGGAAAGUAAGGCUGUUCCCUAAUGAGAAUAUCAUUGCAGAGAGCAUCUUGAAAACUACCCGAUCAAAAUCCGAUUCAGAUUCUGUCAAUUCCGUGUUCUCGGAUACACCUUUCAUGCCAUCGACUUAGUUUUCUGCCUGUAUUUGUAUUGUGCAGUUAAAUUUCUUAAUACUUCGCCUGCUUGUAGCAACCUUCAGGAAAAAAAACCCAAAUAAAAUGAGGAAAAAAUGUUUA